AUGGAAAAGUCGUUACUGCCCUCAAAGGAAGCCGAAAAGCAUCCUGUGCCAGAGAAUUUGUUUAAAAACAGACUUUCAUGGGCGCUUUACGAUGUAGCUAGAUGGCGUGCGACCUACUUUGGGAUUUCGGUGCUAGGGUUGUCAUCUUACGGUGUUUAUUGCUGUACAUAUAGAGUGGUUGAGGGUGUUGACUUCACGAUCAACUGCUCGUUGUUCUUGUUUGAGAUCAUUGCUAUAUCGUUGGCUUUCUGUUAUUCUUUCAAAAAGAAAAGGGCGCUCAGAAAGGAAAGGUUGAGCUUGGCUCGCGAGCUAAUCGCACAGAAACCAGGUAUGACCACGGGGCAAUGGGAUUUAGUAGCCAUCAACAUGAACAUUCUGCUGCACCAAAAGGGGCUGUGGCAUUCGGCGCAUUGCUUUUACAACGGGGCAGAUUGCCAUGAACAUUUCAGAUCCCAAAUGUACAUACCUUUUAUGAAAAAGAAGGACAGCGAGGAGCAUGAUGUCCUGGUUUGCAGCGCGAUUCAAGUCUACGAAAAGGAGCUUGAAGCAUACUGGGAUACAGAUUGCAUUUUGAAAACCUGCGAUGAUGAAAAACUAGAAUUGAAAUUGCCCAAGGAGAUAUACAAGUCCAAAUUCACCUAUUUCACCAAGCCUUUACUUUCGUGGAGGAUCCUCAUUAUUUUGGCUGUUUAUUUUGCUUUCGGAGGGUGGCCAGUUUGUGUGGUCUUUUUUCCUUUCUACUAUGGUGCUCGCUAUCUUGAGGGGAAGUCUAAACUGAGAAUGCUUUCCCUGAAACACAGAAUGACUUUUUUGAAAGUUGUAUCAGACCAAGAGCCCCAAGAUGAUACUCAGCAGUGGGAAAGAGUCGCCAAAAUCAUGAACAAGUACUUAUCGGAUAAAAAUGCCGAGUUUGUCAAGAAUCGGUGCCUUUUGGACAAACGUGUCGCUCAUGACAUCGAGUUCUUUUUCAAUGAGAAGGACUGCCAUUGGAUGUUUGAUAAACUAACAGCGUCUAUUCUUUCCAGUAAGAACACGAAGUUUCCCGAACUAAUUCCUUUCGCAAGAGAAAGUAAAAUGGCUUGUGGUUGUGGCGCUGAAGACCAAGUUUGA